UGGGAGUCGCAUUUUCGGUUCAGCUGCGGGCGAGUUCGGAGGUGUUUUCUGACCAACUAAAGGAUACUUUCAAAAGAUAACUCAAGAGAUUGCUACGGUGUUUAGAAACCACAUCUUUGAAAGCUCAACGACAUCAUACUAUGAAGAUAUUACAACCCAAGUUCUGGAAAAGUAGCUAACAUAAAGUUCAGCUUAAAUUUUACUAACAAACUGAAAUAUAAUCGACAAACGUUCUUGAUAAAAAGAAGAAACACAAUACUAUUUGAUAAUAAACAUUUUUGAAAAACAUUAAUGUGUCUUGUGAUUUAGUGAAUGCGAAGUUAAAAAACCAGUGAGAACUAACAGGUUUAAAAAAUCUGAAAAACCAGGAUUCUAAGGACUUAUAGCCUGAGUAAACUAGAUUACCCCGCUCCAUGUUUGCAAUACCGCAAUGUCAGAAUACGUGAGCCGGGAUUUAAAUUGGCUGCACUUUCUGCUGGCCAUGUGUUCUCUGCUGGCGGUGACCAUCUGUCAGCCGUACCAGCUGCCCCACCGCUGCUCCAACCGGCUGGAGAACGCGUUGGAGCACAUGCGUCGACGCAGUGUGCAGACCAAGAGCUCAUCCGCAUCGCGAGCCAUGUGGGAGCCGCCACCGCAGAGUCCCUACCAGUUGUACCACAGUUUCUACGGGCAGCACAGCGAUCCGGAGGAUGACUUCUACAAUGUGGGUGCUUACAGCAGCGGACGUGGCUAUCACGCCAAGCUCCUGCACCGAAAUGGACAAGCCCAUCCCUUCUCCGACUCGAGCAGUGCUCUGGAGCUGGAGGAUUUGCUGGCGGUGAACCAGCAGAGCCAGCAGCACAGACAGCCCCACAAACUGACAAUUUCCCGGGUGGAUGUGGAGGAUCUCAAGGUGCGAGUGCCGCCGGCAAAGUCCGCCAAUCGCUGGGUUGAAAUCGACAAGUGCAAGUUCAGCACGGAGAACUCCACGCUGGACACCCGCCUGAUCUUUCCGGAUCUCACUCUUAGUGGCAAGGUUGUGAUGCAGCCAAUGGGCGGAAAGUGUCACAUGAUUCUGAGACUGCGACACGCGGGCAUCGAGUUUCGAACAGUUCCACUGGGAUCAGGACACUCCUCCAACUACGAGCAGUCCCGGAGAUUGGGAGCCGCCUCGGUGCGCACGGACUCUCAUUUUGCUGAGCCCGGAUUUAUAUCCGUCUUUGCUCAUGGAUGCCAGGGACCCACUGGAAUCCGUCUGCGCCAGAACUCCAAGCGGAGAUUCGGUAGUGCUCCGGAAGUGGAACUGGGCGAACCGCACGUGAUACUGGGCAGCAAGAGACCACAGAGGUGGGGCAAGUACCAUCAGCAGGCGGGCUACGAUAUCCGUCAGGGUCAGGUGCCGCAAAUAACUAAAGAAUACAGCCUGGAGCUGGGCAGUGAUAGCCAGGCCCAGGACUCCGGUGAGUUCAUCGAUGUGAACGGGGACAACUUUUACCGGCGGCAGUUCAGCAAAAAGAGGAGACGCCGGCGGCGCUACGCCAAGGAUAACUUCGAGGACCAGGUGAACUUCAGCGAGGAUGUGCUGCACUUCGAGGACGAGCAGCUGCAGCAGCUGGUGGAGCCGGAUGCCAGAGCCUUUGCAGAUAUAUUCAGCGGCAGUGGCUCCAGUCCCAGCGGAGAUCGUGAGGAGCUGGUGGGCGAGGCCAUGUCCCACGAACUGGAGAAGCUCUUCUCCAUGGGCGUCCGUGGCCUGCUAACCACGUACAUGCAGCGGGCGCUCCAGCCGGCCAUCAAGGAGACCCUCAUGGAGAACAUGGGCUACACCCUGAGCUAUGGCUAAGACCGCCACCUUCAAGGACUCCUAGUUUAAGCCCUAUUUAUGUACGUCCGAUGCGGUUGAAAUAAAAGCUUUAAGCGAAUCUUA